AUGAAAAUAUCCAAAUCCUUCAAAAUCCUCCGCUCAAAUUCGCCGUUACAUCUUCUUCUCAGUCGUCCUCCUCCAGUGAUCUCAAAUCACCCGCCGAUGGAGAGCCACCCGAAGCGCCAGCGAACAACACGCCUCGUCGGGAAAAACUUGAAACGAAAGCUUACCGUGGAGUCGGAUAUGGUGCCAAUCGUCAGGCAGUCUAUCGAGGUCGAAGAUGAACAGUUAGAUCUCGUCGUCGCGAUCCGCCACCACGUCGAGGUUCUAAACUCCAGCUUCUCAGAUGCAGAAUCUGAUCGCGAAGAUGUCAAAGAAACUGCUGCUGCUAUCUCCGCCUUGGCUAAAAUCGACGAAAAUGUGGAAAUGCUCGUGGAAAAUGGAGCUAUCCCUGCUUUGGUUAGAUAUUUGGAAUCCCCGUGGUCUUCGGCAAUCGGCGGAAAUUUCCCCAAAUCUUGCGAUCAUAAACUGGAGAAGGAUUGUGCAGUUGCUCUUGGACUUAUUGCUGCUAUUCAGCCUGAUUACCAGCAGCUGAUUGUGGAUGCUGGGGCUAUAGUCCCCACCGUGAAGUUGUUGAAGAGACGAGGGAUUUGCUGUGGGUGCAUGGAGGCUAAUGCUGUUAUCAGGAGAGCAGCUGAUAUGGUCACUAAUAUUGCUCAUGACAAUCCUAGGAUUAAAACAAAUAUAAGGGUUGAAGGUGGCAUUCCACCACUUGUUGAGCUUUUGAAUUUUCCGGAUGUGAAAGUACAUAGAGCUGCUGCGGGGGCCUUGCGAACGGUUUCUUUUAGAAAUGAUGAGAACAAGAAUCAAAUUGUGGAGUUGAAUGCUUUGCCAACGCUUGUAUUGAUGCUUCAAUCAGAAGAUUCUUCUGUGCAUGGCGAAGCGAUUGGGGCAAUUGGAAAUCUUGUUCACUCAUCUCCUGACAUCAAGAAAGAGGUUAUCCGCGCUGGUGCCUUACAACCAGUAAUCGGUCUACUUAGCUCCACUUGUUUGGAGACACAGAGAGAAGCAGCUUUAUUAAUAGGUCAAUUUGCUGCGCCAGAUUCAGAUUGCAAGGUGCACAUUGCCCAGAGAGGUGCCAUUACACCAUUAAUUCAGAUGCUUCAAUCAUCAGAUGAGCAGGUCAUGGAAAUGUCAGCGUUUGCUCUUGGCCGUUUGGCUCAGGACACACACAAUCAAGCUGGCAUUGGACAAAGAGGAGGCAUAGUCGCUCUACUAAAUCUUCUUGAUGUGAAAACCGGAUCUGUUCAACACAAUGCUGCCUUUGCUUUGUAUGGCCUUGCAGAUAACGAGGAAAACGUAGCAGAUUUCAUAAAGGCUGGAGGAAUUCAAAAGCUUCAAGAUGACAACUUCACCGUUCAACCGACUAGGGACUGUGUUGUGAGGACAUUGAAAAGGCUAGAGAACAAGAUUCGUGGACCUGUACUAAGCCAAUUAUUAUAUCUAAUGAGAACCACAGAGAAGGCUAUACAAAUGCGAAUUGCUCUGUCUCUUGCACAUCUCUGUGACCCUAAGGAUGGAAAAUUAAUCUUCAUAGAUAACAAUGGAGUAGAGUUUUUGUUGGAGCUUCUAUACUUCUCAAGCAUGAAGCAGCAGAGAUAUAGUUCAAGCGCUUUAUUCGAAUUAGCUAGAAAAGCAACAUCCGUUGCACCAGAGGAUUCAGCUCCUUCCUCACCACCCCAACGGGCAUUCUCGGGUGAGGAAUUCGUGAACAACUCUACUUUGUCCGAUGUCACCUUCCUAAUCGAUGGUCAACAAUUCUAUGCUCACAAGAUUUGCUUGGUAGCUUCCUCUGAAAUAUUUCGUGCAAUGUUUGAUGGCCUUUACAAGGAACGCAAUGCCCAAAAUGUAGAGAUCCCAAAUAUAAGAUGGGAAGUGUUUGAGCUUAUGAUGAGAUUCAUCUACACUGGAAGUGUUAACAUCCCCAAAGACUUGGCUGAAGAUCUGCUUGUAGCAGCUGAUCAAUAUCUUCUCGAAGGUCUCAAACGCCUUUGUGAGUACACAAUCGCUCAGGACAUCUGUGUGGGAAACAUACCAUCCAUGUAUGACUUAGCAGAUACAUACAAUGCUUCAGCCUUAAGACGAGCUUGCACUCUCUUUGUUCUUGAGCAUUACACUAAGCUCAGCUCUGAAUUAUGGUUUCCCAUGUUUAUAAGGAAAGCUAUACCUGAAAUCCGGAGUUACAUCACUGAUAUUCUCACACGGCCAGUCCAAGCUAGCCCAACCAUCGUAUAA